AGACGAUGGCAGACCACUUUGCAUUUGGGCCGGCGAUGGUCUUGCCGGCUGAUCGACACACGAGUUUGUUUCAAAUUUGGUAGAUUUCUUCUCAGGCGAACUAUCGUUUCUAUCGUUAUUUUGUGAGGAAAAGAAGUUUCACUUAGAGAGUUCUUUUGUUCAGUAGUUUUCAUAUUCUCUGGGAAUCUAUCGGAUGUCGAAUUGCCAACACGUGGUUAUCUGAAUCCACGUGAUACUCGGUAUUCCUUUUAGCAUUAAAAUUAGUCUUUAAACGAAAACUAUUUCCGAAAAUGGAAGUCGAUGACUGCGAAAGUGUUAGUGAAGCUAAGGGCCAGACGUUGAAGAAGAAGAUUGAUGUUUUAGGGGCAAUGGCCAAAUACAAUUUGAAAAAGCAACAGGAAAGAGAACUAAGCAUGAGACCUGCCACAAAGCAACAGAAUAUCCCAAAAGGCACUCCAGAGAAACUUCUGACCAAAGUUGAGCAAGAACAUGUUAAAUUCGCUAGGAAGGAAAGCGAUGUUGGCAUCUCUGAGUAUGUCUCCAAAGGUGCAGGUUUUUCAGCAAUUCUUAAACAACGCUAUUCCGACUUCCAGGUACACGAAAUUGACAUGAAUGGCACAGUUAUUCAUUUAACUGAUCAGUCUAUUGUUGACUAUGUUUCACCACCUCCAAGUGUUGAUUUGGCGGAGCAACAUAAUCUUUUAACAGCAGAGCAAUGGAAGAAUAUUGAAGACAUGGUGAACAACGGAGAUCCAAAGCAAGUUGAAAUAGAUGUUACAGAAAAAAGCAAAGAAGAACGACAAAAUAUUCAUAAAAUACUGAGGACUAAAUAUGAGGAUGAAGAUGUCACCAGCAAUUCAGCACCUGUUGAUGGAAAAACCAUCAUGAAGAUUUUUAAAAUGGAAGGAAGGAAGGAAAGGCGUCGAAACAAACAACGGCGUAUGGGAUCAAUAUAUACUCAGUUUGUGUUAUAUAAGGAAAACCAAACCACAAUGGAAGCAGUCAACACAAUUGCUAGAAUACUUAGGGUGAAGUCAGCAUGUUUUAUGACUGCAGGAACUAAAGACAAAAGAGCUAUUACAAGUCAACUGGUGACUGUCAAAUAUGUGGAACCUCUUAAGCUUUUCGACAGUGUAAAGUCCAAUAAAAAGGUUGCUGUUGGAAACUUUGCUUUCACUGAAAAGCCUUUACAAUUGGGAAAUUUGAAGGGUAAUCGUUUCGUUAUUGUACUAAGAAACGUACUUGGCGACGAGAGUCAAAUUUUGGCAAAUCUUGAAUCGCUAAAAGAAAUUGGUUUCAUCAAUUACUAUGGACCUCAGCGCUUCGGCACACGACAUGUGCCGACGCAUUUCAUCGGAAAGCAGUUGAUUCUUGGGAGAUGGCAAGAAGCUAUUAAUCUGAUUUUGGAGCCUCCUGUGGCUGAUGGCCUGUUUCAGCGCGAGUACGACCUUUUGCUUGCUCGUUUAGAAUACAAAUCAUCAAAAGAUGCCCAUAAAGCUUUCGGGAAAAUCAGAAAGAGCCACCAUACAAUCGAGGCUCAACUUCUGUUAAAUCUGAAGAAACAUGGCAAAGAUCUCGUUGGUGCGUUAAAUACCAUUCCUCGCAACAUGCGGCUUACGUACAUUCACGCCUACCAGAGUUUUCUCUGGAACACUGUUGUUUCCAAGCGUCUUUCAACCUUUGGCCCAAAGCCAAUUGUAGGCGAUUUAGUCUACGCUCCGGGCAGUAUCGACGACGAUGUCGAUCCGGAAAUGGAAAUAGAAAACGAGACUCCAGUGGAAGCCAAAACUGAUCAGCCAAAUGAAAAAGAUGGUGAUGAUGAAAAAUCGAAUAAAAAAGCCCAGCGCAAUCAGCGAAAAGUCAUUUUCAUCGACGAAAACAACAUCCACAACUACACCAUCAAUGACGUUCUUCUUCCACUUCCCGGUUUCGACAUAACUUACCCGGCCAAUGAAGUUGCCAAAUGGUAUACAGAACUUCUUCGAGCGGAUGGGUUGUCUGAGAUGGAUUUCAAGCAGAGCACAAAAACCUACAAUCUCGGUGGUGCGUAUCGGCUCGUGAUGUCAAAGCCUUCCGAUGUGAAAUGGAAAUUCGCACGUUACGAUGAUCCUACCCUGAGUCUGAUCCCAUCUGACUGGGAUCGACUGCAAAAGACCCAGCUCCCUCUUGCUGACGUGAAAGAUGGCGUUUACCUCGGAUUGAUACUCGAAUUCAGCCUGCCGGCCUCGUCGUACGCCACCAUGGCCCUUCGAGAGAUUACCAAGAUGGAUAUGAGUUCCGAAUUUCAAACGUCACUCAACGAAGCGGGAAGCACUAAGCAUCCUGCGCCAGCCGCCACCAGCGAUACGGCCGCAAAGGAACCCGAAGUGAAACGAAUUAAACUGGAACCGGACGAAAAUAAGAAAUCUGCAGCGCCAGCGGCCGCUAGUGAAACUGCCGCCAACCAAUUUGAAGUGAAGCGAAUUAAAAUGGAACCCGAUUCAAACCAAGAUUCUGUCGCGCCAGCUGCCAGUGAGUCUUCUGAGAAUCCCGGCCUGAAGAAAAUCAAACAGGAGCCGGGCGUCACGUCCGAUGAAAAUGUUUAAAAAAUGUGUUUUUUUUUUCCUUUCUACAUUUAACUUUUGUUUUUCUUUUUCAUGACGAUUUAUACAUAUUUUUUUUUUCCCUCCUGAACGACCCCACAAAAAAAAAUUGUAUGCCGAAAAAUAUUGGCGCAUCGGCGGUUCUUGUUUCUGAUUUUGUUGGAAAUAAAAUUAAAAAAAACAAAACAAA